UUCCGAUUUUGACCUUGCUGCAGAUGGUAGGUUUGGUGUUUCCUAGUUUAAACAAUCUACUGUUUUGUAUGUAUACUGUAUGUAUGUUUUCCUUGUAUCCUUUUGUUGUUACAAAUGUGGAAAUCACUGCACAUUUGUUUGUCAGACCUUUAAUGUGGGUGACCUUGAUUUUGUAGUACCUAAUGCGAGUUUGAGACCUGUGAGUUUUGCACAGGUGUGAUUUGAGAGAGCUGAGUUUUAAAUGUCUGAACUUCAUUGAAAGAUACACCAAGCCCCCAGCUCUAAAAUGCAGACCACAAUGAGUACCUGGACACCUCUAAAUCAUCAUCUCUCCAAAGCUCAUGUUUUUGAAGAAAGAAGAAAUCUGAUUGGAAAGUGGUUUGACAAGUGGACAGAUAGCCAGCGUAAACAGGUGCUGCAAGGCUUUUUCUCCAGAUGUUCGGUUAGCCAGCUGAAAUAUCUCAGACAGACUCUAAGCAAUUUGGCACCAGAAGAAGCCCUCGACUUCACUAACACCCUUCCCAGGGUCUUAUCCUUGUAUAUAUUUUCCUUCCUGGACCCCCGAAGCCUAUGUAGGUGUGCACAGGUGAGUUGGCAUUGGAAAAACCUUGUGGAGCUUGACCAGCUCUGGAUGCCUAAAUGUCUGAAACUAGGAUGGUGCAUCACUUUUGCUCCCACACCAUUCGAGCAAGGUGUAUGGAAGAGGCAUUAUAUAGAUACAGUGCAGGCGCUUCAUAUUAGCAGGCCCAAGAUACCUGCAAAGGAGGAGUUCAUUAUCCCUGAGGUGAAAGUAAUUGGCAGUGGAACUGAGGGGUCACUUCCUGUGACUGGGAAGUUUGGCCCCUCAAGUCAGCAUGGGAAGAGUAAAGAUGGGAAUGGUUUAGUGAAAUCAGCCAAAGGACUUCCACCGUGGAGAGAUUCGGACAGGCACCCCACCGACACGAUACGCUUUAACUACUUGAAUAAUGUCGACCCAGUUAAACAAGAAAGAAAAGCACUCAUAAAGGGAAGAUUUAAUUCCAAUACAACAAGACAAGAAAAUGCCAAAAAAUACCAUCUCACUCGACAUACAAGCUGCGCAAGGCCAAAUCUUUAGUAAGCCAGUAUAACUGUCAUGUGACUGCUCUGUUGAUUCUCAUACAAAUCAGCAGCAACAGCAGCAUGCAAAGAAUUCUCCAGAGAUUACAUAACCAAGAGGUAUCAUGCAUACUGAACAGACUAUAGAGUACAUGGAAUAUCAUGGCAAUGUGCUGCACAGAGGGAAAGGAGGGCUCUGUGUUGCUAGGGGAAGAAAACAGAUUUAAAAGUUUAUCAUUAAAAACGAAGUAUUUAAUCUGUGUACUUUCCCAGAUGUUUUUGUCCUUGGAUAUCAGUGCAACAGGUAAGCAAAUGCAUAACAGGCCAUAAUGGGCCACACAGAGUUUAGACUUGAUUUCAGCAAACAAGGACUCCAUAAAGAGUGCAGGAAUACGUUCAUGUCCAGUAAGGCCUUCAGUGCCCAUACUGAGUAAGCAGGGGCUCUGUGCAUCACAGAGAUUCCAUCGAAGCACACCAAGUAAGGCUAUAUGUUCUUCUUCUGUAAGUCUAGUCUUA